AUGGUUCAGAAGAAAUUUUUCAAGCCAGAGAAGGGAUUCAGAUCCCUUCCUAGUUCAGUUGUGGAAAUAUUGCGUGCAACUCCUUCUCCUGCUUCUCCGUCAACACCAGCAAACUCUAAGAAGAACAUUGAAGUGUUGUGCCAUAUUGACAGAAUGUAUGUGAGAAUCAAGAAGGAGCUUUUUAACAAUAGAUAUGCAUACAGACUGUUGAAACUGGGAACCUGUCCUGUCAAUAAAGAUGACAAAGACUAUUACUACUUCCUCCACCUCCUAAAAACAGAUUGUGGCUUCAAAACAGAGACUACUGCAGAUACUAUGAACAUUAAAAUUACUCUGCACUACAAACCACCCCAAUCAAAAAACCGCUGGAUUCGUCUGAGGGAAAUGCCGUUCAGCAUUUCCUUGCAGUGUAAAUAUCACAGAUGGUUUAAUUCUUACAUGAUUGGUUUCCAUCCCAAGCUGAUGGGGGGAACAGUUUUUAAGCAACUCACACAGAAGAGCAAUUUUCUCCUCAUCGCUCAAGAUGCAAAGCUGGUGACCAGUUUCCACAUGCUGAAUGAAUCAGUGAUGUAUGACCUAAGUCUGCCAAGACAUUUUACCAAGCACAUGAGAAAGCACUCAUACAGCAAAAAAUACAGUAUAUAUGCAACACAUUCGGGUAUUUCCUGUCUGCAGAGCAACUGCAUGUUUCUGAUGCAAACUUCAGCUGGAAUAUGUCAGAAUAUGUCAAAAACAUGUCUUAUAGUAACCAUUUUUGAAUUAGCAUCAGGUGAUAAACUCACUGGAUCCAAAGUCUACACCUUGGGACAGACCAUGUACUUUGCGGCCAGAAGAGCUGACAGCAUUGCAGUUUCUGAUGAUGAGAGGAUUUACAUCAACAAGUGUUCUGUGACAACAUCCCAAGACCCCAACUCAAGUCCUAAAGUAAUAGUUAUUGACCAACAAGGCUGUAUGACAGAUGGCAAGCUGACAAGACGGUCACGUUUCCUCCCUUGUGCCUCAAAGAAGAUUCAGAGGUUCAGCUUGGGUACCUUUGUUUUUCAGGACAAGAUUUCUGGUUCAACAUCACAGCAAUUCUUCAUUCACUGUGACAUCUCUGUGGGUAAACUUAAACCGACCCAGACUUCAAAGGCUUGUAAUUAUGAUUUACAAACCAAAAAGUGGAAGGAGCUAUAUGGUGAUGAUGCAGUGUGCGCCUGCUGUGAAAAAUCCACCUGCUCAGCACAGAUUAGGGCUUCCAAGAAUACAGACACCAGCAUGUAUACUUGGAAAGUUGACUUUAAGGAUGGAAAAGUAAGACCCUUGGACACUGAAAUAUCCAGUGGCCAGGACACCGUUGGGGAAGACCCCACAAACUUUGAGAACUACUGGGAAGAUGAAUAUUAA